AGGUGCUGCGUGGCCUUUGCUUGAGUUAAGUGCUGUCAGCGAGCAGACUUUGGGAAGGUUUUGAAACUGUGCGAGAACUUUCACGAUCAGAAAGGGAGGAGAAAGUAUGGCGUUAAACCUUACCAUCAACAGCAGCAACCCUCCUUUAGGGGCGCUGUUGACCGCAGAGCAUGUGAAGGGCAGUGUGAAGGUGUCUGUGGAGGAGGGCAAAGACAACAAGCUCUGCGUCUCACAGUCAGUGCAGUUCAGCGAUUUGAACUCCAUCACGCGCUACCUUGCCCGCAUGGCUCCCAGUCUGGGCCUGUACGGCUCCAACAUGCUGGAACAAACUGAGGUGGACCACUGGCUGGAGUUCAGUGCACAACGUGUGUGUGGCCAGUCUGGCCUGGCUGCAGCCCUGGGGGAACUGGACAAGGCUCUGGAGCUGCGCACUUUUCUGGUGGGCCACAGCUUGACCCUGGCCGACAUCUGUGUGUGGGCCGUGCUCAAAGGUAGCAGCGAGUGGCAGUCGAUGCAGACGCAAGCUGGGGCCUUCUCCCAUGUGGCUCGCUGGUUCUCUUUCCUGGGCUCCCAGGUACCCUUCACCACCGUGGACCACAAGUACACCAACAGCAAACCACAAGUACACCCCUCACGCAAUUCCAAUUCUGAGAAGGAGAAGCAGCAGGAUGUGGGGAAGUUUGUGGAGCUGCCUGGAGCCGAGAUGGGCAAGGUGGUGGUCCGCUUCCCCCCCGAGGCCAGCGGGUACCUCCACAUUGGCCACGCCAAGGCUGCCCUGCUCAACCAGCACUAUCAGAUGACCUUCAAGGGCAAGCUCAUCAUGCGCUUCGACGACACCAACCCUGAGAAGGAGAAGGAGGACUUUGAGAAGGUGAUCCUGGAGGACGUGGCCAUGCUGCAGAUCAAGCCAGACCAGUUCACCUACACCAGCGACCACUUUCCCCGCAUCCAGGGCAUGGCGGAGCAGCUGCUGAGGGAGAGCAAGGCCUACAUCGAUGACACACCCCCAGAGCAGAUGAAGGCAGAGAGGGAGCAGCGCACAGAGUCACGCCACCGCAGCAACUCGGUGGAGCAGAACCUAAAGAUGUGGGAGGAGAUGAAGGCGGGCACGGAGUACGGCCAGACCUGCUGCAUGCGGGCCAAGAUUGACAUGGCCUCCAACAACGGAUGCAUGCGCGACCCCACCUUCUACCGCUGCAAGAAUGCCCCCCACCCCCGAACUGGCACCACCUACAGGGUGUACCCCACGUACGACUUCGCCUGCCCCAUCGUGGACAGCGUCGAGGGUGUGACCCACGCGCUCCGCACCACGGAGUACCACGACCGCGACGACCAGUUCUACUGGGUGAUCGAGGCACUGGGCCUGCGCAAGCCCUACAUCUGGGAGUACGCCCGGCUCAACCUCAACAACACGGUGCUCUCCAAACGCAAGCUCACGUGGUUUGUCGACCAGGGCUACGUCGACGGCUGGGAUGACCCCCGCUUCCCGACUGUCAGAGGUGUCCUGCGCAGAGGAAUGACCGUCGAGGGCCUCAAGCAGUUCAUUGCUGCCCAGGGUGGAUCCAGGUCUGUGGUCAACAUGGAAUGGGACAAGAUCUGGGCCUUUAACAAGAAGGUUAUCGACCCAGUGGCGCCCAGAUACACAGCCCUGUCAGGAUCCUACUCCGUCCCUGUUGUCAUCCCCGAAGCACCAGAGGAGAUGAAGAUGGCCGUCAAACACCCCAAGAACACAGAGGUGGGUAUGAAGGCUGUGUGGUACGGACCCAGGGUGCUGGUGGAGGGGGCGGACGCAGAGACCUUCACCGAGGGAGAGACGGUCACCUUCAUCAACUGGGGCAACAUCAUCAUCACCAAGAUCCACAAAGAUCCCAGAGGUAAGGUCACCUCCCUGGAGGGCAAGCUGAACCUGGAAAACAAGGACUUCAAGAAGACCACCAAGAUCACGUGGCUGGCCGAGACCCCCCACGCCCCCCUGCUGCCCACAGUCUGUGUCAACUACCAGCACCUCAUCACCAAGCCCGUCAUGGGCAAGGAGGACGACUUCAAGGAGUACAUCAACAAACAGAGCAAGCUGGAGGAGAAGAUGCUGGGAGACCCAUGUCUGAAGGACCUGAAGAAGGGUGACAUCAUCCAGCUGCAAAGGCGAGGCUUCUACAUCUGUGACCAGUCCUACGAGCCAAUCAGUCCCUAUAGCUGUAAGGAGAGUCCUUGUGUGCUGCUGUACAUCCCCGACGGCCACACCAAGGAGAUGCCCACCGCCGGCUCUAAGAGCAAGAGCCAUGCCGCCACCACAUCUGCCUCCCCAGCCAAGUGCAACACCACCCCGGUCUCUGCCCCAGCCCCCCCUACCGCUAGCGACACCGGCACCGUUUUCUCCUGCAUUGUGGCUCAAGGCGAGAAGGUGCGCGAUUUGAAAACCACCAAGGCCCCCAAGGAGGAGGUGGACAAAGCGGUGAAGGAGCUGCUCUCACUCAAGGCCCAGUUCAAGCAUCUGACUGGCCAGGACUACAAACCAGGCAUGGGCCUGCCCGCUAGCUCCGCCCCUCAGAAGGCAGCAUCCCCUUCUUCUGACUCCGUCUCCUGCCCCUUUGCUUGCGUCACCCAGCAGGGGGAGUUAGUGAGGAAGCUUAAAUCCGAGAAAGCUCCCAAGGACCAGGUUGAUGCUGCAGUCAAACAGCUGCUGGCUUUCAAAGCUGAGUUCAAACAGAUCACAGGACAAGAGUACAAUCCAGGGAUGAUCCCUCCUGACGCUGCCCCAGCCAAGAAUGCCCCCACUGCCUCAUCCUCCUCUGCCUCAGGCCUAUAUGAAAGUGUGACCAAACAGGGAGACACUGUUAGGAAGCUUAAAUCUGAGAAAGCACCCAAGGACCAGGUUGAUGCUGCCCUGAAGGAGCUCUUAGCCUUGAAGGCAGAGUACAAACAGGUGACGGGUCACGACUACAAGCCAGGAGCUUCCCCUGCUCCUGCCCCAGUCCAGAGCAACCCAGCCCCCGCUCCUGCCCCAGUCCAGAGCAACCCAGCCCCUGCUCCUGCCCCAGUCCAGAGCAACCCAGCCCCCACAGCCACUUCUGGCUCAGGCAUCUAUGAGCGCGUGACUCAGCAGGGUGACCUGGUGAGGAAAUUGAAGACCGAGAAGGCCCCCAAGGACCAGGUGGACACCGCUGUCAAGCAGCUGCUGUCACUCAAAGCUGAGUAUAAGCAGGCGACUGGCCAGGACUACAAACCAGGCGUGGCCCCAGCUGUCAGCCCUGCCCCUGUUCAGGCUAGCCCCGCCCCCCAGGACCAGUCUGGUUCCUCCCCUCAGGCACUCUUCACCCAGGUUGUCCAAAAGGGGGAGCUAGUGAGGAAGCUGAAAUCAGAGAAGGCUCCUAAGGACCAGGUGGACUGUGCCGUGAAGCAGCUGCUGGCCCUGAAGACUCAGUACAAGGCCCUCACCGGAGAGGACUACAAUGUUGUGGCUGCCGCUGGAGCCUCGAGCAGAGAGGACAAGAACCGCAAGGACCGAGAGAACAAGUCUGAGAAACAGGCAGGAGGAGGAGGAGGAGGAGGGAAGAAGCAGCAAAAGGGAGAAAAGGGCAAGGAGGCCUUGUUGGGAGGCACAGGGGGAGGAGGAGAUGGUGGUCCCAAGAAACAGACACGACUGGGGCUGGAGGCUAAGAAGGAGGAGAACCUAGCUGAUUGGUACUCUCAGGUGAUCACCAAGGCAGAGAUGAUUGAGUACUAUGACGUGAGCGGCUGCUACGUGCUGCGACCCUGGUCCUACUCUAUCUGGGAGUCCAUCAAGGAGUUCUUUGACCGCGAGAUCAAGAAGCUGGGUGUGGAGAACUGCUACUUCCCCAUGUUCGUCUCGCAGGCUGCCCUGGAGAAAGAGAAGUCCCACAUAGCUGAUUUUGCCCCAGAGGUUGCCUGGGUAACACGGUCAGGGAACACUGAGCUUGCCGAGCCCAUCGCUGUCCGACCCACUAGUGAAACUGUGAUGUACCCUGCCUACGCCAAAUGGGUCCAGUCCCACAGAGACCUACCUAUCAAACUCAACCAGUGGUGCAACGUUGUGAGGUGGGAGUUCAAGCACCCCCAGCCCUUCCUUAGGACCAGAGAGUUCCUGUGGCAGGAAGGACACACGGCUUUUGCCACCAAAGAGGAGGCCGCGGAAGAGGUGUUACAGAUCCUUGACUUGUACGCACGGGUCUACGAGGAGCUGAUGGCCAUCCCUGUGGUAAAGGGCAGAAAGACCGAGAAGGAGAAGUUUGCAGGAGGAGACUACACUACCACCGUGGAGGCCUUCAUCUCUGCCAGCGGCAGAGCCAUCCAGGGUGCCACAUCCCACCACCUGGGCCAAAACUUCUCCCGGAUGUUUAACAUCGAGUUCGAGGAUCCCAGGAAGCCGGGCGAGAAGCAGCUAGCCUACCAGAACUCGUGGGGCAUCACCACCCGCACUAUCGGCGUGCUCACCAUGGUACAUGGGGACAACAUGGGCCUGGUGCUGCCCCCCAGAGUUGCCUGUCUCCAGGUGAUCAUCAUCCCGUGUGGCAUCACAGCCUCCCUGCCUGAGGCUGAGAAGGAGUCUCUGCUGGCCCAGUGCUCCAAGUACCUGGCCCGGCUGCAGAGGGGAGAGACCCGGGUAAAGGCCGACCUCCGAGACAACUACUCUCCCGGCUGGAAGUUCAACCACUGGGAACUCAAGGGCGUGCCCAUUCGCCUUGAGGUGGGUCCUAAGGAUCUGAAGCAGGGUCAGUGUGUGGCCGUGAGGAGAGACACGGGGGAGAAGAUCACCCUGCCCGAGGCAGACACCGAGAAGAGGCUCAUACAGCUACUGGAGGACAUCCAGACCAACCUCUUCAAGAGGGCAUCGGACGACCUGAACAAACAUAUGGUGGUAGCAGACUCUAUGGAACAGUUCCAGAAAGACCUGGACCAGGGCAGGAUUGUCCAGAUCCCCUUCUGUGGAGGCAUCGAGUGUGAAGACUGGAUCAAGAAGACCACUGCCAAGGACCAGGAUCUGGAGCCCGGUGCCCCCUCCAUGGGUGCAAAGAGCCUGUGUAUCCCCUUCAAGCCCCUCAAGCCCCUGCAGCCGGGUCAGAUGUGCGUCAGCGGCAAGGAGGCCGCCCAGUAUUACACCCUGUUUGGCCGCAGCUACUAAAUACAGUCUUAAGUGGCCUCCUCUCCUCGAUCUGGGAUAUGAGAGAAGUGGAUAGGUGAAAGAAAAUACUUGUGACCAAAGAUUUGUUUUCACCUAUCAUGCGCUUUCGAAUCAGCAGAGAUGGAGAAGAGACGAGGAGAUGAAGUCUCUUUAGACUAUUGAGAUACACCCAGAGUCAACACCUUGUCGUGUGUUCCUUUCCUUUUGACCCUAACCUUGCAAUGGUGGCCUAACCCCCCAAGAUUGACAAGACACUCUCCAUAGUCAGCUAUUUUAUCCCACUAGCCCCAAAUGUAACAAAAAUGACCUUUAUACCCAAUGACACAAUCUUUAUAUUUUUGUCCCUUUCUCACUCCCACCCUACCUUAUCUCAGGACCUUUUCCAGGUAGGAAGAUGACAUGGUACUCAGGCAAGAUGUUUCAGUAUCUCCCCACUAACUGAACUGAUAGCGUAGCUAUUGGGGGUAUGCUAUAGGUGGGUGGUGAGGGUUGACCCCUGGCGGUUGUAGCCACUAGCCACAUUUGUCCCCAGUACAAACUCAUAGGAAUACUGCAUACAACAUGGAAUAAUGGACUAUCACAUACAUGUAAUUACCUGUACUCUUGAGUUCCUCUAACGCAAUUCUAAGACUUUUCUAUAAUAAAGGGAUUCUCAAAUUCCACUGUA